AUGGCUUGUAAGGGUUUUUGGGAAUGCUUGUUGAAGCUUCUGAACUUCUUAUUAGUUCUGGUGGGUUUUGCCAUGAUUGGUUAUGGAAUAUACCUAUUUGUGGAGUACAACAAUGCUGCUUCUGCUGAUGGUGAUGCUGCUCUUCCUCCCUCGGGUGAGAAGAUUGUACGGUUUGGUCGGCCCAUGCUGUCUCUGGAGCUGGGGUUGGCUGCAUUUAUAUUCUUUGACAAGAGCUGGAAACAGGAAAUUCCAACUGACAAAACUGGAAAUUUUGAUAUGAUAUAUGAAUUUCUUGAGGGGCACUGGAAAAUUAUCAAGUGGGUGGCUUUGGGAGUUGUCAUAGUAGAGGCCCUUAUAUUUUUGUUAGCGCUUGUUGUAAGGGCUGCAAAUAGCCCAGCAGACUAUGAUAGUGAUGAAGAAUACAUAGGUGGGCCCAGGCAACAAAUCAGACAGCCAUUGAUAAAUAGGCCAGCUGCUCCAGCUACAGGUGUCCCUGUUACUGGUACUCUUGAUCACCGUCAAAGUAGAAAUGAUGCUUGGAGUACACGAAUGAGGGAAAAGGUGAAAACUUUCAUUACUUUCUGA